AUUCAACUCUGGGUUUUUUAUUUUUUCUUAAACAAACCAAAAACCACUGAAAAUUUUGAAAAAAAAAGUUUUUUCUUAGUUUUUGUUAGAAAAUUUAGUAAAUAAGUGAUUUUUCUCCUUCACUGUUGUGCGAUAAUGAGGCUGCAGUGAUGGGCACUGAUAGGCUGCACUGAUAGGUGGCACUGAUGAGGAGGCACUGAUGGGCACUGGCAGGUGGCACUGGCAGGUGGCACUGAUGGGCACUGGCAGG